AUGGCUAGUAACUUCGAUAUCGCUCCUGGCAAUGUUCAGACACACCUUGAGCCCUUUACUCUUCGUGUUUUUGAAGAAGAGUUAGAAAGAUUCAAGAACCUUCUCGAAUUGUCAAACAUUGGACCUACUACAUGGUGGAACAAACAAGAUGACUCUCGUUUUGGCGUCUCUCGUGACUGGCUGAUCAACGCCAAAGACACUUGGCUUUCUACCUUUGAUUGGCGCAAAUAUGAGUCCUAUAUCAACGACUUCCCAAAUUUCAAGGUCACAAUCAAGGACGCUGAUUCCCAUCAAAACGAAGUCCAUUUCGCUGCUUUGUUUUCCAAAAGAGAAGAUGCCAUCCCUGUCAUCUUUCUUCACGGCUUUCCUUCCUCCUUCAUGGAUUUUCUUCCCAUGAUGGACCUGCUGAGAAAGAAAUAUACACCCGAGAAUCUACCUUACCAUAUCAUAGCGCCCUCGCUUCCCGACUAUGGGUUAUCUGGAAGCUUGAAUCAGAACUUGGAAAUGACUCUAGAGCGGGCCGCGAGCAUCAUGAACGGCUUGAUGAUUGCCCUUGGCUUCGAGAAGGGAUAUGUCGCUCAAGGCGGGGACCUUGGUAGCAUGAUUGCACGCCUCAUGUCCGUCAAUCACAAGGAGUGCAAAGCUUUUCACGUCAACAUGCUCACGCUAGAGCCCGACAAUACGCCCCCUUCUACCGACCUCUUAGCCCCGGAAGAUCUCCAAAUCCUUCAUAGAACUAGGAAAUGGCAACAGAAUGGGUUGGCAUACGCUCUUGAACAUGGCACUCGUCCUGCUACUGUUGGCUUGGCCAUCUCGUCUAGCCCACUUUCCCUCCUUGCUUGGCUUGGAGAGAAGCUUCUUGAAUGGGCAGAUCCUCGGGAGCAGCUCCCACUUGAUACCAUUCUAGGACUAAUGAGCUUCUAUUGGUUUACACAGACUUUCCCCCGGAGUUUGUAUCAUGCAAACCUCGUGAAAAAUUACUCUGUGGGUAUUGGGCAUCCGAUUUCAACAGAGAAGCCUCUAGGGUAUUCGAUGUUUGCCUACGAUCUUGCCGUGCUACCCAAACCUUGGGCUCAAGAGAUAUAUCCUAAGCUAGUGUUCUUCAACGCGCAUUCAAAGGGAGGCCAUUUUGCUAGUCUGGAGCGACCGAGUGAAUUCCUAGAGGACAUUGAACGGUUUCUGCAGGCAAUCAAUGGGUUAUUUGAGGUGGAGUGA